UGGUUUGUUAUGAUAACAAACAAUUGGUAUAUAAUUGUAAGAACAAACAUGUUUAUUCAGUGAUUGCUUAACUUGGUCAGGGAGAUACCGGAAUGUUUGCGGUGAAGCUGUUAGCGCUGUGUUUCUUAGUUGGAGUAGUUUACUCUACGGAAGCUCCCAAAUAUGUAGCUCCCAAGAAUGAAACUCCUAAAAACAAAACGGACUCUCCCAGCUACAAAGAUAUUGCAGAGAUUCCUGUGGAUUAUGUUCCUGGAAUGAGAUCUGCUGCUGCUAUUGCUAGCACCCCGGAGAAGGAUAAAAUUCAACAGUACAAGGAUAAGAAAUAUCCCGAUUCCUUCACGCCUACUCCUUCUUACCAAUCGUCCCCCCCACCUCCAUACCAAGGAGAUAAUAAGCCUCCACCCAGACCCUAUUCUGGACCUAACCCCUUCCCUGGACCUAACCCCUUCCCUGGACCUAACCCCUUCCCUGGACCUAACCCCUUCCCUGGACCUGACCCUUACAAGAAUGUUCCCUACCCAAGUUCUCCCUUCUCUGGAGGUCGUCCCGAGCAAUCAUACCAGCCUGUGAAUAGGUAUCCAGGCCCCCAGGGACCAGCCUACCCUCUCUACCCUGGACUACAAUCUGCCAGUGGAAACCAGUAUCCUCCCUUCUACCAACCAUUUCGUCCCCAGCAAUCCGAGGAACGGGAGACGUAUUACGAAGAGGGAGAAUAUCACCCAGAAGCAUUCGAAGAGAAAUAUUCUGGUUCCUCCUACCCAGCUAUACCAGGAUACCCUUCAUACCCUCCUCACUGCCCUACCAAGUGCAACGUUGAUUUGUACAAUAAAUGCACGUGUUUGAGCCCUGCUGCCUACACUGCUGAUGGUCGUGGUAAUUGCAACGUCGGAGCUUCUAAGAUGGAUCUUAGGGUUUGGUGUUAUGUUGAUCCUAAGGAGGGAAACCCUACUGAUCUUUGCCCUGAUGCACUCCCUAGUAAAAACAAGCACGGAUAUUUCUGGUCCAGAAUUGCUUGUAUUACUAAAUGAAUAUUUAGAUUUUAUAUGUAUCUCGUAAAUUUGAUUUUAAUAAAUUUUAUAUCUACGUA